GGGUCGAAAGUAAGCCAAGCAAUCCCUUACAUUUAUUUAUGUCCCAACCCAAUUAAGCAGCCUAUCUACCUCUCUCUCUCUGUCCCCCUCGUUCUUCUUCGUUGAAACGAACAGCCAUGGCUGCUGCAGCUGCUGCUACACCACCGCUCCCACCGCCAUCAUCAUCAUCAUCAUCAUCAUCAUCAUCAUCAUUCCACAGCAGCAGCAGCAGCAGCAGCAGAAGCUGCAGCAUCGGUCCAAUCCCAGCACCCUUCUUCCCCUCCCAUCCCUCAUCAUUCUCGCUCACCCCCAGUAACCCGAGCAGGCAGCCGCCGAAUCCGAAGCCGAAGCCGAAGCCGAAGCCCUCCUCCUGGCCUUCCGCCCCGGCAGUCUCGGCGAAUGAGUCCAGGGAGCGGCGGGAGGAGGCGAACCGGCGGAUAGCGUCGCGGAAGGCCAUCUCCGUGGUGCUGCGGCGGGAGGCGACCAAGGCCGUCAUCGAGAAGAAGCGCGGCGCCACCAAUUCCCGGAAGCUCCUCCCCCGCACCGUCCUCGAGGCUCUCCACGACCGCGUCGCCGCCCUCCGAUGGGAAUCCGCUCUCCAGGUGUUUGAACUACUGCGGGAACAGCUCUGGUACAGACCCAAUGCUGGCAUAUACAUCAAACUCAUUGUUAUGCUAGGAAAAUGCAAGCAGCCAGAGAAAGCUCAUGAACUUUUCCAAGCAAUGGUUGAUGAAGGUUGUAUCAUAAACCAUGAAUCCUACACGGCCCUUGUUUCGGCCUACAGUCGGAGUGGCCUCUUUGACAAAGCAUUCUGUUUGCUUGACAAGAUGAAGAUCACUGAUGGCUGCGAACCUGAUGUCCAGACCUAUUCCAUUCUUAUAAAGUCAUGCUUGCAAGUCUUUGCAUUCGACAAAGUACACAUAUUGUUGGCUGAUAUGGAGAGUCGAGCUAUAAAGCCAAACACCAUCACAUACAAUACCCUGAUUGAUGCUUAUGGAAAAGCAGGCAGGUUUGCAGAAAUGGAGUCAACACUCAUGAAUAUGCUCUCCAAUCAUGGGUGCGAGCCCGACGUGUGGACGAUGAACGCCACCCUCCGAGCCUUUGGCAGCAGCGGCCAGAUCGAGACGAUGGAAAAGUGCUACGACAAGUUCCAGAACUCUGGCAUCUCCCCUGACAUCAAGACCUUCAACAUACUCCUUGAUUCAUAUGGCAAGUCCAAAAUGUACCAGAAAAUGGGUGCUGUAAUGGAAUACAUGCAGAAAUACUACUAUUCAUGGACGGUCGUUACUUACAACGUGGUCAUCGAUGCAUUUGGGAAAGCGGGGGACUUGAAACAGAUGGAAUACAUCUUUAGGUUGAUGAAGUCCGAAAAGAUCAAACCCAACUGCGUUACCCUUUGCUCGCUCGUUAAAGCGUAUGGAAGGGCAGGGGCUGUCGAAAAGAUAAAAUCAGUAGUGAGGUUUAUUGAGAACUCGGACGUGAUGCUGGAUACCGUGUUCUUCAACUGUUUGGUGGAUGCAUAUGGGAAGGCGGGGUGCUUGGCAGAGAUGCGGGAAGUGCUGGAGAUGAUGAAGACGCGGGGGUGCACGCCGGACAAGGUAACCUACAGUACCAUGAUCAAAGCAUAUCUUAGCAAAGGAAUCAACGAUCAUCGUGUUCAGGAUCUAUGUGAGCUGAGAAAUGGGGAGUCAUUAUAUUUGAGAGAGGAAUCUAAUUUGCACGCAUGAGGGCGAUGCUGUAGCAGGAGGUUUAUUUUUCCAUUGUUUAUGCUCUUUAGUGUGAGAGGCGAGCAGAGGAGAAAAUAAAGAAUCAUGAAAGAUGCCACCUUGACUCAAUAAUGCAAUUUUUUUGUGGUUUAAUUUUAGUGUUGAGAACAUCGAGCGGCAUUACUGGUUUUGUUGGCGGCAACAGAGGGGGCAACAGUAGUGAAUAAGUUAAAUAAAUGAAGAACAGCUUCACUGAUGAGGAGCCUGCUUCGGCCACCUAAUUUCUCAUCAAGCAUUAGAGCAUCAUCUGAAGAUGCUUUCGCUGCGACGGAUGUUUGCGAAGGGCCGUUGGAAUGGUUUGUUCGGGUGAAUUACCGGCGCGAACCUGGUGCAGGUGGAAUGGUUCGGGUUCGUCUCUUUGUUAUGUGUUUUUAUUUUAGCGGUUGGCUGUAACUUCUGUGGGGAAAGGAAGUUAUCUGUUACUGAAUGAUGUCUCAUGUAAUGAACUUACCAAGUUCAGGUGCAGGUUAUUGGACUGUUGAUUGUUUUUUUUACCCCAAA